AAAAUUUUCACAGUGCUACGUCUAGAAAAUCUUAAAUCCAUAGAAGCUAUAAAGCAGCACAUUUAAUCCCUCAAACAAGAAACCAGCAACAGAUACACAGUAAUUAAAAUUCACAAUGGCAAAUCAGUCCUUAGCAAUUCAAAAACUAUUAGUGGCUGAAAAGCGUGCAGCUGAUAAAGUUGCAGAAGCAAGAAAGCAACGACAGAAGCGAAUUAAGAAGGCAAAAGAUGAUGCACAAAAUGAAAUUGAGAAAUUUCGUCAGGAACGUGAGAAACAAUUUCUGGAAUUUGAGUCAAAAUUUAUAGGAUCUCGGGAAGAUAUGGCUGUUAAAAUUGAUGCUGAUAUGCAGGCUCGUGUAGAGGAAACACUUAAAGCAAUUGAUGACAAUAAAGAGAAGCUUAUCAAGGAUAUUAUCCAUUUGAUCUGUGAAAUCAAGCCUAUAGUUCACAAGAACUAUUUGUUGAGACGUGAAAAUUAAAUUUUGUAAUGACAUGAUGUGCUGCAUUAAAAUUGAAAUUUGUUGAUUGAUCGGAC